AGCUUUGGAGUAUUUUGUGUAAUUUUCAUUGGCAACACUGGUAUUGGCAAUCUACGAAUUUGUGUUUUAUGUUUUAUGAUCAUGGCUGGUUGUUGUGAAUAUAGAAGGACCUAAACAUGUCUCUGUGGGCUAAAGUGCAACAGCUCCCUUCUGGGAGUCUCCAACAAAUUUAUGGAGAUCAUUUUCCUAUUGAAGUGAGGCAUUAUCUUGCACAGUACAUCGAAGAAAAGUUUUGGUCUGACGUUGAUAUUCAACCUGAAAACCCACAACAUGAACCAUAUAUUGCAGGAUUGGUGAAUUCUUUGAUACAAGAAAUAGAAAAUAAAGCUGCAGUUGUCACUGACGCUGAAUAUUUUUUAACAAAGCUGAAGCUUGCAGAAGCAGCCAAAAUGUUUCGACAAAGAUACAGUGCCACUCCAGUGCUAUUAUUUACACAUAUUCGAACCUGUCUUGCUGCUGAGGUGAGGUUGGUUCAGGCUGCUGGAGGAGAACUCCUUACAGGUUUACCGAACGUGAUGAUAUCAAAUUCUGGUGUGGAAGUGUUGCAAAAAGUAACUGUGUUAAGGAGCAGAACACAGGGUACCGCUGAAGACUUGAGAAAGAUGGAGCAAGAGCUGGAAUCUUUUGCUCUGCAAUACCAUGAAUGCACCAAAAUUAAUGCACAUUUGCAACAGAUGUCAAGUCAACAGAAUUCCCAGGCAAAUAUUCAGAAACUUCAGAGGCAGAAAGAGCUACUGGAACAAGUAUUGAACCAGAAGAUAGCUGGGCUGAUGCAACUCAGAUUAGCACUUGGAGAAAAAUUGAAAGAGACGUAUCAGUUACUCAUGCAAUUGCAAACCCAUGUAUUGGACGAGGAAUUGAUUAAAUGGAAGAGGGAACAGCAGUUGGCGGGAAAUGGUGCCAUCUUCAAUAGUAAUUUGGAUACUAUACAGGAGUGGUGCGAGAGUUUGGCAGAACUGAUUUGGUUGAAUAGACAACAAAUCAAGGAAGUAGAGAGGCUCAAACAAAGAGUUCCGCUUGAUCCACCUGGUGUGGCUGAUGUAUUGCCACAUCUGCUUCAAGAUUUUACACAGCUGCUUUCAACAUUGGUGACUUCGACUUUCAUAAUCGAAAAACAGCCUCCCCAAGUGAUGAAGACUAACACCAGAUUCACAGCCACUGUGCGAUUACUUGUUGGGGGAAAACUAAAUGUCCAUAUGACCCCACCCCAAGUUAAAGUAACGAUAAUAUCUGAAUCGCAGGCGAAUCUGCUACUCAAAAAUGACAAGCUCGGAAAAAGCGGUGAGAGCUCUGGGGAAAUCUUGAACAACACUGGAACAAUGGAGUACCAACAGANGAAAUCUUCAUUUUCCAAUACGUAUGUUGCUUGGAAUAAAGUUGCUGAAACAUUAUCCAUAAAGUUUAGAGCUGCAACAAACAGAUGUUUGACUGAGGACAACCUGCGAUUUUUAGCAGAAAAAGCUUUCAGAGGAAAUUACAAUGAAACCAGUAACGCAAUGUUGAGUUGGGCUCAAUUUUGUAAGGAACCUUUGAGUGAAAGGAAUUUCACGUUUUGGGAAUGGUUUUAUGCAAUCAUGAAGUUGACUAGAGAACAUUUGAGGGGACCAUGGGCUGACGGGGCCAUAAUGGGCUUUGUGAGGAAGAGACAAGCUGAAGAACUAUUAUCAUCCUGUACGUGUGGGACUUUCCUUUUACGAUUCUCAGACAGCGAAUUAGGAGGAAUCACGAUUGCAUGGGUCUCCGACACUGGAGAAGUCUUCAGUCUCCAACCUUUCACUUCAAAAGAUUUCGCUAUACGAUCUUUGGCCGAUAGGGUUGCAGAUCUGAAUCAUCUGGUGUACUUGUAUCCGGAUAUUGCGAAAGAUCUUCCCUUCGGAAAAUACUAUACGCCAUAUCAAGACAAUCAACCGACAUCAAAUAACGGAUACGUGAGGCCACAUCUGGUAACGCACGUCCCUGGAUUCACUGGUCACAGUUAUCCUAAUACACCACAACAUCCGUUCAUGCAGUCUCCAGAUCCCAGUCGUGACACGCCGUCGGUAGCAAGCAGUUAUGCCGGCUCCGUGGCAACGACCGCUACCACUCAUCUGGACGGCUCCUCCGGGAUGGACUAUUUGGAUCAGCUCGAUGACGUCAACAUCGAUUUGAAUGGUCUGGUCAACUUGAACGAGCUCAUGGGCUAUAAACAGAAUCCUUUGGCACGUACCUAAUUUCAACUGGAUACCUAAAACAAGCAGCAAGAGGUUUCAGGACCACCUAUCUAACAGUAUCCGUUUAAUCCUGAUCGGGGGUUGUUGACUUUAAAUUCAAAUUAGAUUUCGACUACAACUGGACUACUUGUGAUUGAGUCUUAUCUUCUAAUCAGAAAACAUUUCCUGCUGAAAACACUAACGGGCAUGUGAGUACAAACGUGUUUUGAAGGCUGUGGCUUUCAUAGUCGAGAGUACAAUGAUACUUUAUUGUGAAGUGUUUGGAAAAACACGGAGCAUCAAUAAUUUUUAUCUUCUAGGAACCUGUUUGGAUGUGCAAUUUAUGGGUAAUUCGUGUAUAUGUUAUCGAUAGUUUGAAUAAGGUGCUUUUGAAUAUAUUUCAAGUUUUGUUGUAGUUAACUUAGUUUUUAAGCGUUUUUAACUUUUUUAAGAAUAAUUCAGUUGCGAGACUAUUUUAUUCUAAAUGUUUUACCCAUUCACAUAUUUUAUACGGAAGCGCGGAAGGUCCACAUAUUUUUAUUAUUCGUUUCUUCUAAAUUACGACUUUGAAACUCGAAAUUUUGACUUCAAUCUCGAAAUUUCGACUUUAAUCUCGAAAUAAAAGGUAAUUUUGAGUUAAAAAACGGUAUUUCGAGUUUGAAGUCGUAAUUUUGUGUUAAAAAGUCGUAAUUUUGUGUUAAAAAGUCGUAUUUUUAGUUAAAAAGUCGUUGAAAAGUCGUAAUUUUUAGUUAGAAAGUCGUAAUUUCGAGUUGAAAAUUCGUAAUUUCCAGUUUGAAAUAGAAAUUUUGAGACAAAAUUCGAAAUUUCCAGAUUAAAGUCGUAUUUUCGAGUUAAAAAGUCGUAAUUUCGAAUUUAAAAGUUAUAAUUUUCAGUCAAAAAGACGUAAUUUCAAGUUUAAAGUCGACAUUUUGAGAUUCAAAGUCGUAAUUUCCAAGAAACGAGUAAUAAAAAUUUGUGGUCCUUCUUUUCCGCCAUUUUAUAAGGGUGACCAUAUAUUUUUAGAGAGAUAUAAACCUUGUUACACUAUUUUUAAAUUAAUAGACAAUCCUAAUAUUUCGAAAGAAAUAUUGAUGUAAAUAGACUAUUCUUCAUAGAACUUCCACAGUUGUUUUUCAUCUGUAAGGGUCUGAAAAUGUUUUUAACAAUUGAAGUUUGAACAGCUGGAUAGCCAAGGAUCGAAUUAUGGAUUAGAGAACCUCCAUUAAAUUUAACUUCAAACCGUUUAUUGACUAGCAUAUGAUGUGUUGGAGCUAACAAAGAGGGUAGGGAUAUGUUUGUCAUUUGUUUCUAGUGAGUUUAUCAACGUUUCUCCCAUGUGAGUGGUUUGCAUCUUCAGGAAUUUUUGUACUCUUGAAAAAGCAACGUUUGUUUCGGUGAAACGUUGAGUCACUUGAAACCAACAGUGUUCCACAUUCCUGAAAAGGUUUUGAAAUGAUACAACUUGACAUCAAUAACAUCAUUGGUAUUUUUAUUGAUAAAUCCUAUUUUGUUUUCAAUUGAUAAUUUUGUAUCGAAUGAUUCAGUUAUUUUCUACACGAGAUCGACCUUUCGAGAUUGUUAAAAAUGCAACUGUGGGGGUUUUAAAAGAAAAAAAAAUAGUGGUAGACCAAUCAACUUCAACUGUUAUUAAAUAACAUUUAUUUUGUUUUGGCGAUUUCAAAAUUUUGAAAGUUUUGUGAACUUGCUAGUAUUUUGGCUGCUUUGCUGAGUGAUCAUAUCAACUAUUUUAUUAAUUUCAAGGUAUCCACUUGCAGUUGGAUAUAAAAACAAGUACACAUUAAUUUACAAUUCAAUUGCCAAUGUUACGGCGGCGUUUGUCGCCUUUUUUAGUCCUACAAUAAAAAUAGAUGAUAAUAAACUAUAAUUUGUUGUACAGUUCCAAAAAACCUAUUGACGAUGUUGCCCUUCAUUUGUAUUCACCAAAACUGUAAAUCUGAGUAUUUUGUUUAUUUAUUUUUUUUAGAUAUUCCACAAAAUAUCUCAUUUUACUUAAAACAACAUGCUCAGAUAUACAGUUUGGCUAUUUUUAUUGUGGCUCUGAAGCUGGCGACAAACGUCGCCGAAACGUUGGCAAUUGAAAUGUAAACUAAUGGGUACGUGUUUUUAUGUCUAACUGCCAGUUAAUAACUAGCAAUCGUACACAUCUGAACGUGAGGAAAAUUGAACUAUUUCGUUAACAUAAAUGAAUAUCUUUUCCAUUAUUUCUGGAGAAAACAUUUGAUUAUCUGUUUUUGUUGGUUCAGUUAUUGAUUGGUCUCUCUGUAUUAGUGCCUCUUUGUUGACCCACUUUUUCAUAGAUGUGAAAAUGAUUUUAUUCACACAAAUUUAGGACACGUGUUAUAUUUUUUCAAAAUGCAAUGAAACGUGUAUAGUUUCUGCUUUCCAUGUUUGUUCUGGAUAUACUUAUAUCUUGAAGGUUGUUAGCUUACUUCAAUGCUUUGGAAAUCCUGAUAUAGAGCAUCAGUACGAAAAUCUAUCAGCUCUAUCAGUGGGACGUAGCUUUUAAUUUUAUAGAAUCGUCUGAUUCUAUACUUUGUUUGUUGAUACACAGUCGAUUUGAAAAUAAUAUGAAUUCAGAAGUUUUUGAACUCCCAAGUUGAUCAUGCGAGUGCUCUACUUUUUGUUAUCAGUAAUAAUUACAGAAAGCUGUAUUAAAUAAAGGUAUUGCAGAAUU